GCUUGAAGUCUUUCUUUGUUCUUUGCCCCUCCUUGGAUUAUAUAUCGUUUUAUCGAUUGUCAAUUCUUUCUCAAACGACACUGUUUUUACAUAAAUAUGGGACGACUCUCUCGUUAUGCUCAAGACAGAAUACUCUUGCUACGCUCCGAACAGGCUAAGGUUGGUGAAAUUGUACAAAAGCUUAGCGAAGAAGGCAUAUCCACAACUCGGCAAACGGUAUCUAGAUUUCUUCGUGUGUCGAGUGACGGUACGAAAACCCGUCUCAAUACGGCAGGAGAAAAACAGUCGGGAAAGCGAUCCAAACUUAAACAAGAGCAGUUGGACUUCAUAAACAAGGAAAUCGAAAAAGAUGACAAACUGAAUGCAAGAGGUAAUGUCUUUGGCAAAGAACAAAGUCGAUUUGAUUUUCAUAUCUACAAUUUCGAUAUCAUUAUUUAUCACAGUAUAAAUUAUCGCAAUUUUGCGACAACACAGUGCUACCACUUUGUGAAAAAUGAUUUCCUACAUGCUGCCAAAAUUUUUCUUUUUAUCUGUUCAUUAUUUUGCAUUUGUUAGUUUCCUUUAUGCAUUGUUUGUGUUUUGAAAUGGAUUUAGUGUGAUAUAAAAACAUCUUGAAAAUAGCCAUAUUUCCAGUAAAUGGUGUGGUUUAAAAAUUGUCUAUAUGUUGUAAAACAGUCAAAUGAAUGAUGUACGAAUUUGACCAGAGGUUAAUGAUAAUCCUGCAUAGGUGCAAAUUUGAUGUGAAAACAUUCCCACACCGUCGGGCAUUUGACCCCUUUCAUUUGACUGAUCACUUGCGCAAAAUUGGCCAGUGGUCGCGCUAAGUGCUUGGCGUAGAUGAACAUGAUUUGUUUUCAUGUGUAUAAAAACACACUAUACAGCAUGAAUAGUUUGUACAUAAAAUGCCAUUAUAUAAAGUUUGGAACUCGACCAGGGACAUCAAAUGGCUGUAAUUGCUUGUUCUUUUGCCGAACUUGUCUCAAUUUAAGUUAUGUGUCUUUAUGAUAUUUUAUAGAUAAAAAGAAAAUUGAACUUACAAUAGCGAGCAUAAAAAGAAACGGCAUUGCAAAACUAUAUAAAUUGCGAAGUCUAGCUGGUUCUCUUCACAUAAAAUUAUAUGGGAAACGACAGAUAUGGGCAUUUGACUAUGUUUGACCGCACCGUUGGGAAAGGGUCUAGAUGGGGGGACCUCCCAACUCUACUGGUUUGACAUUCCUGGGCUUGAGAGAAACAUGGGCUUGUGCCUGUUUCACUUCCAUUUAUCAAACAUUAAAACAUGUUAUUAUUAUGAUGAUGUAUUAAAUGGUCCUUGCAAAACAUUUUCGCAUGAAAGCAAGCCAAAUCUAAGUAACCCAAACCGAAUAUUAAUAUUGUUGGGCAAUUUGCUCAAUAGGACUAACAGUUGAAGGAGUUUUUGCAGAUGGAAAUUUCCAGCGAAAUAUUAUAUAAAUUCUAGACCUAACCAAGAGCUGCUGUGAAAAAUGUAACUAUAGCCUAGGUCCUCUGGCAGGAAUCGAACCACCAGACUAGGAAAUAGGCAUACUAAGAAGCCUAGGGACUAGGCUGUCAAACCACUAACCAUGCAAUUCCGGUGUGGUGCUCUAACCAACUGAGCUACAGAGUACAGUUGUCAAACCCUCUGUAAACCACAAGUUCUUGUACCGGUAUAUUAUAUAUGUCAUUACAUUGAUGACAAGGUAUGGGUAAAUAUCAAGAUUUGGGGGCAUCUUGCUCAGUAGGACUUAAUGCAACUAUAGGUCCUCUGGCAAGAAUCAAAUGCAUUUCCUUGCAGGCCUUAAAAUAUCUUUUACAGGGCCGUCUGACAAAAUGUCCAAUGAUGUUGAGUUUGGGUCGGACAUAUGUCCGAUGACCUUCAGUUCAGUUUUGACUCGGAAAUAAGUCUGAAUGACACAAAUGAAUAAACGGUAAAUAUUGUAAAGAUAUUAAAUACUUUGUUUCUUUCAUACUUAUUUCCAAGCCAAAAUUAACUUAAGCCCGUUUUCCUCUUCACCAUCUCGCUCGCCGCCCCGCGUUCGACUACGUUAAAACAACAUUUCCAGUUCACCUUUCAUGUAUGAAUAGUACUCUGAUUUUCCAUUUAACAUACAAGUCUCUAGUCCUGGGCUACUGGUACAUUUUGAUUUACGUCGGACAAAGCUACAGUUCGGUCGGACACCAAUACACUUGGGUCGGACAAACAAUAAACCCCAGUUUCACUUUGGUCGGACAGAAUGUCCGGUGGUUUCCUCUCUACGUCGGACAAUUUCACGAACAGGUCGGACAAUGUCCGUGACCGACCGAUAUUUUAAGGCCUGCCUUGUUUUCAAUUGAAGAGGGCUCUUUUGUGCAUUUGACUUAAGGCACUUGCAUUUGUUAAUCAUUUUUUACUAAUAGCAAGCAAUGUUACUACAGUAGUCAGAGGGAAAUUUGCAUCAACAUUUACUGUAAACAUACUUCAACAUAAAGGCACAUUAGAAAAUAUCACCAGCCCCCUCCUCUUCCAAUCUUCUCUUCCAGAAGAUGUUAUCUUGCACUAUCAUUCAUAGAUAUAAGAUAUAAGAGUUUCAGAGCUAUCCCACCAUGAACAGCUACCAAUCACUAUAAUAUAAUUGCAACCUAAUUUUAUUUUCAAUAGAUCUUCAAGAAAUGCUUCAAGAACAGUUCAGCGUUGAAGUAUCCAUAGCUUCAAUAAAACGAGCAAGAAAACAACUGGGUUGGGUAAGAACUGGUCCAAGAAACGUAAAGGUACAAGCAGGCCCCUGCCAGGAUCAUGCAACGAUCGUUGCAUGCCUCACACACAUCACCGAGCAGCAGCAACUCAUCGGUCAAAAGUUAGACAGAUUAGAGAACAGGUUUGUACUCCUUCAACAAUUCCCAAAUGCGUACCAGUUAUUCCCUUCCACCACAAGUAUUUCCCACCCCUCAAACAUUCCUAACUCCUCGGCUAUUCCCAACCAUUCAGAUCACUCAAACCCCUCGUGUAUCCCCAACACCACAACGACCCUAAGUGUUCCAAACCACCCUCCUUGUGGUAACGAUAUUGCACCAUUGAUGCCUCCAUUGCCUUCCUCAAGUGAACCAACCAUGUUGAGUUUGACCGAUGAAACAGCUGUGGUUCCAGAUAGCUUCAGCAUAUUAGCCAAUAUCUAUAACCUAACAACCAAUGAUCUAUACGCCCUAUCUCGCAAGUCCUCCUCAAUUGGAAAUUUCUCUGUGAAGCUUGUCAAUAUCAUGUUCCGGGCAGACGAGUUGCUGGGAAGAAAUUGCAAUGGCAAGCUUGGGAAGCUUCCACUCGACUCAUCCAGGCUAUCUGUUAUUAAGGAAGCAGUGUACCAUAUUUAUUCUGUCCCUGACAUAUCAAGGACUGAUAUCUGGAAGAAAUGCGUGAUAGCCAUUGACGAAUCAAUAAGAAGACCUAAAUCAAAAACGCCCUCCAAGAAACGUCCUGUGUACGUACAGCUGCCCAGCAUGACAGAUCUCCAUCUCAUUGCCGAACCAACUGGCACUCCAUUAAACAACUAGGCCCCACAUAACAUUGUAAUUAUACGAACUUCAUAUAUACAAAUAAUAAUGAAUUUGAAUACUAGGGAAUUAGUAUAGUUCCAGGGGUUGAAAUUUAAAAAAAUGAAAACGUAUUGAGCAUUUAAUUACACUCUAAAAACACUCUGGAUAAGUCCAUUAUCAUCUGUGAUGGCCAAGAUUUUGGAAAGAAGGCUCUAGCUAUUUGAGUUAACCAGGUUAUACAGUAUUUGACCACAAUGUCCUGGUGAAAAUACUGGAGUCCAGUGUGCGAUAAUUCGCGUACUUACGGCCAAUAUUAGGUCUGGUACUUCUUUGUUUUCAGCCACGUACCACGUACAGUAGGUACGUGGAACUCUUGCUAUCUGCGUACUUACUUUUUGCUGGUACCACAUGCGGACCUUUCCAGGCCCGAGGUAUUCAAUACCGUAAUUUAGUUUGUAUACAAACAUAAUUGGACUGAUGGCACUAAGAAACGUUGGAGUUGAUUGUUUGUAUAUGCAAAAGUGUACUUCUUUUUCUACCUCGUAGUCUGAACAUAAUUUUGAGAAACCUGUACUUUAUGAACCUUAUUUCAAUGACUAAGUACACAUUGAGUACUGAGUUUGUACCAGCUCAAGUACGUGGCAACAACUAUUGGCCUAUAUACCAGUCAGGUACGACUAAAAAUCUUGAAUUAUCGCACCCUGGGAUUGUGUCGAAGUUUCGUAUCUUGACUUUGAUUUAAGACUAAUAUGAUUUUAUGAACUAUAAUAACUUGAUUAGCGAUACAGUGGAAUUAUCUGGGGAGAAUGGUAUUAAACUGUUUACGACCUUCAUAGAUGUCGGACAUCGAUUCCGCCAUCUUGCCUUCAGUUUUCUCAUAGGCCGAAUGACUACAAAUUCAAGGCCUUGUAUUUGUAUUUCCAAAUUCAAGGCCUUUCAAAUAUUUUUGAUUCAAAAAUUGGGUUUUGGAGUCAAAAUACUCAGAGAUUUCUUACAGUGUGCACGAUGCCACAAUAUAUACGCAUAUAGAGGACGGCAAUUAUAACAUAUACAGUACGUGAAUACCACAUUGUAAAAACAGAUUGGUUAGAAUAAUCAAUUUGAACUGGUUGUCUCAGAUGCAUUUUCUUUUGAACAAUAUUAUUUGGUCAAAACAGCCAAACAAUUGGUUAAAAUAACCCAAUUUUUGGUUGUUUUAACCAAUUUUAAUCCUGAGACAAACCAUUCAAAUUAGUUAUUUUAACCAUAGAUAUCUUAUAUACACUAGAUAGUGCAUCUAAUUAUUCUGCAAUUCAAAAAUUGAAGCCGUGAUUGCAGACUCGGGAUAUUCCCAUGAAAUGAGAAGACUCGUAUGUUUUCUGUUUCUUAAACAGGAAACUUAAACAUUAAGUUUAAUUAAACAUAUUCCUAAACAUUUUCAAACUAUUCAAAUGAUGAAAGUUAUUGUUGUUUUAGUACAGUUGCAGAAGGGUGGGGCAAAUUUUAAUCCUACCUGUCACACUCCCAGCUUGAAAUGCAAGCGUUGUAAUAAGA